AUGGUUACAUCAGUUCAGCUAACAGAGCCAGCUGCCGGGAAUCCAGAUCCCCCAGACACCCGCAAUUCGACAUGCGAGGUGGGCCAACUUAGCUGUCAAUUAGUUCCGGGUAAUAGCGGUGUAGGGACGUCGACCCUGGGAAACCUCGAUAUUCUUCCUCUCGAGGUUCUUCGCCUUGCUCUCUCGGAUAUGGACCUGCAAUCUUUGACCAACUUCAGCCAGACCUGCCGAUACGCCAAAACGGUAGUUGACGGCCUGUUGAAUUACAAGACAUUGUGCACCCUCGUUCCGGAUGUGGUAAAAUCCAUCGUGGCGUUGGGGGCCGGGAAUUGGAUCUCAUGUGAUAUUUUGCAGGACAUGUUACGCAAUGCUACUUGUGUAGCUUGUGGUGAGUUCGGGCCAUUCAUAUACCUAUUCUCGUGCGAGCGCGUUUGUGCGGAUUGCUUCGUUCUGGCAGCGGAGUACCCCACAGGAUUUGUCAAAUUCGCCUAUUCCGUCUGUGGUCUUAAUGAUGAGACUGUGGGAGACCUUCGAACCUUACGUAUUGCGGAGGAUAAUGUGUGCAGUACCGCAGUGCAUGAUACAUUGCGACUGAUUAACCGGAAGGAUGCGGUGACUACUGGCCUCCAGUUAAGAACGGCGCCUUUUCGAUUUCUGGAUAUCCUCAGCGGCGGCACUGCUGAGCUAGAAGAGCUGAGCUCAUCUGAGUCGGAAUCUUCGGUAACGCACAGUAAAAAAUCGGACGUCAUCAGUGCGCUUAUGUUCUACGCGGGGGCCCUCCGAGCCCCGAAAAUCGACUUCGAUAGCCGUACCGUGGAAUGGGGUACUUGCUGUGAAAUUUGCGACCAAGAGGGUCGGAUUGGGAAGGCAAAAAUGGACUGGGAUCACUGCUCUGAGGAAAGCUCAGAGUGCAUCAUGGAAUGCGACGGUGCAAGGAAAAUCCUCUCGUGCAUGGACUAUUGCCAGCUUAUUGUCCGCAACGCUGUGGGGGGAUACAUCAAGUUUAAUGAUUAA